CACAAAGCCAUGACCAAGUUCGCGCCCGUCCAGGGCCUGCCCGUGGCCGUCCAGGCCGAAGCCAUGCCGACGGCGCCCGUCGCGGCCGUCCUCGAGGUCGUCGCCAUGUCGCGGCCGCCGGCCGACGAGCAGCUGCGGCGCCUCGGCGCCAUGGGCCUGCCGCCCGGCAUCUGCGAGGGCUUCGUGGAGUCGGGCGACCAGUUCGGCGCGCGCUUCUGGAUCGUGGACAACUCCGGGAGCAUGCAGACGCAGGACGGCAAGCGCCUCGCGGGCGGCGGCCAGCGCCGGGGGCUCGUCACCGCGAGCCGCUGGGAGGAGCUCGGCGACGCCCUGACCUUCCACGGCGGCGUCGCCUCCGCCCUCGGCGUGCCCACGGAGUUCCUGCUGCUCAACCAGCCCGCGGGCGCCCUGAAGCGCGUCGUCUGCGGCGUCGGCGACGGGGGCCGCGAGGCCGCGGCCGUCGCGGCCGUCGUCGCGAGCGCGCCGACUGGGCGCACGCCGCUGUGCCGGGCCAUCGGCGAGGUCGUCGGCGAGGUCCGCGCCUGCGCGCCGGCCCUCGCCGCCCGGGGCCAGCGGGCGCUCGUCGUCAUCGCGUCGGACGGCGAGGCGUCCGACGGCGACGUCCUCCGCGCGCUCGCGCCGUUGCGGGAUUUGCCCGUGUGGGUCGUCGUGCGCCUCUGCACGGACGACGACCGCGUCGUCAAGUACUGGAACGACGUCGACGAGGAGAUCGAGCUCGAGAUGGACGUGCUCGACGAUCUCGUCGGCGAGGCGGACGAGGUCACGGACCACCAGCCCUGGCUCACCUACGGGUCCGAGCUCCACCGCCUCCGCGAGUGGGGCUGCACGCGCCGCGUCGUCGACCUGCUCGACGAGAAGCCCCUGAGCCUCGGCGAGGUGCCCAAGCUCGCGGCGCUCGUCCUGGGCCCCGCGGCGGCGGACCUGCCGCACCCGGAGCUCGACUGGAAGGGGUUCCUCCAGGGCAUCGAGGCGGCGCAGCAGGGCCUCUACACCUGGGACCCGAAACGCCGCGCCAUGAAGCCCUGGUUCGACGUCCGCAAGAUGCACAAGGUCUACAAGGGCGGCGGCUGCGUUGUCAUGUAAGGUCCUUUUCCCGUCGCGGCGACUUCCUUCAAGUUCCUAAACUACGAGUAUGUUGUGUUGUUGACUCAGUCCCACAUCUUGAUUAUCAAGUUGAGGAGCGCGGGGUAAUGAAUUCACUCGCCGGUG